AUGAAAUGUCAUUGGUUAGCCAUGUCUUCGGUAUGCUAUAAUCCGUUUGUCUACUUCUGGCUCAACGAUAACUUUAGAAACGAUACAAAAAACAUAAUUAAAUUCCUGUUAGGAAUGAAAUCAGAAUCAUUGGAGACAAUCGAUAACCAAAUGAAUACAAUAGACAUCUCCUGUUUCUAUCAAAACAAUAUCACUAACACUACAAACCUGUAAAAACAGAGACAACUCUUUCAACACAUCUUUCUUACAUUGUCUGUACAAAACAGUUUGUUUUUAUGUAUUCAUUACAUGAUAUAUAGUAUAUGUAUUGUUCUUAUAGAG